CCCCUGCCAGUACUCGUUGCACCUUCCUGCCACCCCGGGCAGUGUCUGGGCUUCGCUCCCCUCCAGUCUCCUCACCCCCAUACCACCUGCCCUAGCCCGGCCCUAGGGAGAUCCACCCAGCUGCAGAGACACCCAGCCAGCACCAUGGGAGUCCGAGGAGCCCUCCACCUUCUUCUAGUGUGUCUAAGCCCAGCACUGCUGUCCGCUGUGCGGAUCAACGGGGAUGGCCAGGAGAUCCUGUACCUGGCAGAAGGUGACAAUGUGAGGUUGGGCUGUCCCUACAUCCUGGACCCCGAGGACUAUGGCCCCAACGGGCUGGACAUUGAGUGGAUGCAAGUCAAUUCAGAUCCCUCCCACAGGGAAAACGUUUUCCUCAGCUACCAGGACAAGAGGAUCAACCACGGCAACCUGCCUCACCUGCAGCAGCGGGUGCGCUUUGCAGCCUCAGACCCCAGCCAGUAUGACGCCUCCAUCAACCUCAUGAACCUGCAGGUGUCCGACACAGCCACCUAUGAGUGUCGGGUGAAGAAGACCACCAUGGCUUCCCGCAAGGUCAUCGUCACGGUGCAAGCGCGGCCAGCAGUGCCUAUGUGCUGGACUGAGGGCCACAUGGCUCAUGGCAACGACGUGGUGCUCAAGUGCUUUGCCAAUGGGGGCACCCAGCCCCUGUCCUACAAGUGGGCCAAGAUCAGCGGGCACACCCACCCCUACCGCGCUGGCUCCUACCACUCCCAGCACAGCUUCCACUCUGAGCUGUCCUACCAGGAGUCCUUCCACGGCUCCAUCAACCAAGGUCUGAACAACGGGGACCUGGUGCUGAAGGGUGUGUCCCAAGAGGACAACGGGCUGUACCAGUGCACGGUGGCCAACCACGUGGGCUACAGCGUGUGCGUGGUGGAGGUGAAGGUAUCAGACUCGCGGCGUGUGGGCAUGAUCGUCGGCGCCGUGCUGGGCUCGCUGCUCAUGCUGGCCUGCCUCAUGAUGGGCAUCUGGGGGCUCAUCUGUUGCUGCUGCGGGGGCGCCGGGGCCGGCGGCACCCGCGGGGCCUUCGGCUACGGCAACGGCGGCGGGGUCGGCGGCGGGGCCUGCGGCGACCUGGCUAGCGAGAUCAGAGAGGACGCCGUGGCGCCCGGGUGCAAGGCCAGCGGGCGCGGCAGCCGCGUCACCCAGCUCCUGGGGUACCCGACGCAGAACGUCCGCCGCUCCCUGCGCCGCCAGUACGCGCCCCCGCCCUGCGGCGGCCCCGAGGACUUGGCCCUGGCGUCCCGCACCGCCGCCUGCGAAGCAGGCCCCGCCCCGGUCUACAUCAAGGUCCAGAGCGCCGAGCCCGACAGCACCCAGGCGCCGCUGCCCCGCAAGGACGGGCUCCUGGUGUGAGCGCCGCUGCGCCCUGGCCCGGCAGUGCGGUCUGAGCCCGCCGUGGGGACUCGCGCGCGGGGGGGGGCGGUACCCGCGCUCUGGCUGGCGACGCGCGGGGCUGGGGCUGGAGUCCGCCCCCUCGGGGAACCAACAGGGCGUCGGGUAGAGUCCCCUCCCCGCAGUGGGAGGGGCGCGAAGGCUUAGGACUGUGGCCCGCGCCCUCCCUACGCCGCGCAGAGGCUCCGGGAGAAGGCUGGAGAGGGCCUGGAGCUCGGGUACCCCGUGAGGCCCGCCCGGUGGGCGGGUGCGGAAUUGUUCUGAGUGUGAGAUCCGAGCCCAGGGAGGCAAGUUAGCACAAUAAAGAAGCUGUAAGACGCGA